AUGACCGCUUUGACCAAUCAACCCGUCAACAGGCUCGAAACAUGGCAGUGUACCGAACCAAGCCAUGAAAGUCUUGCCAGCUUCUCCGAGCAUCAAUGGUACCGCACGGCGGGCUACCUGCUGGCAAGCCUGCUCCAAAACGCCGGAUACAGCCAGCAGGCUCAGCUCAAGAUACUGGGCGAAUUUGCGGAAAUCAUCGCUCCGCAUCUGGGUUUGCCUCCUGGACUGGGCACAAGACACUGGCAGAGCUUCAUGACUGACGACCACAACCCAAUCGAGCUCAGCUGGGACUUCCACACGGGCACUCAACAACCGACGAUACGAUACUCCAUUGAGCCCAUUGGCCUCGAUGCGGGAAGCGCUGCCGAUCCCAACAACACGAAAGCCCCGUUGCUAUUCAAACGAUCGAUACUGAAGGGAUUCCCACAUGUCAAUACGGAGCUAUUCAAGCAUUUUGAAAAUACGUUGGGCAGCCUUUGGGAAGAUGGUCUCCCUGAAGGCCAUCGGUCAACGAUAUUUUGGGCGUUUGAUCUCAAGGAAGGCCAAAAUACCGCCAAGGCCUAUUUCUUCCCGGGGGCAGUAGCCCGAGCGACCAACAGGUCCAACUUCGAGGUCAUCCACGAUGCUAUAUCUUCCGCACCAACAUGGAAGUUUUCCGAUCUGAAACCAUUACACACCUUCAUCAACUUCAUGCAGCAACACAAGGAACUGGCACUGGAGGUCGAGAUGUUGGCUCUAGACCUCGUCAACCCCGCUCAAGCCCGAUUGAAGAUCUACUUUCGGUGUCGUCGAACAGAGUUUUCCACCGUCCGCAAGAUCAUGUCCCUGGGGGGCGCGAUUGAAAAUCUUGAUGGCGGUUUGGAAAAAUUGAAAGCUCUGUGGGACUCGCUACUGGGAACGCAAGGCCAUCAUGAUGACAUGCCACUCCCUCAUAACAACCACCGAACCGCUGGUAUUCUGUUCAACGUCGAGUUCAAAGUGCAAAGCACGACCCCCAAAGUGAAGCUGUAUAUCCCUGCCCGCCACUACGCAAAGAGCGAUCAGCAAGUCAUCGAGGCCGUGGCCGGAUUUCUCAAUGGCGAGGCGGAAAAGCUCGGGCAUUCUGAUUUGACAAGGAAGUACACGGCUUCUUAUGCAUCGUGCCUGCACAAAGUUUUCAACACAUAUGAUCUUUCUUCGUCGCUUGGUAUCCACACGUACAUCGGAUGCUCGGUGCAAAGCGACGGAAACUUGCGGGUGGUCACUUACUUCAAUCCUCAGCAACACAAGUUCCGCAGCAAUGUUUAUGCCUAG